AUGUCACAGAAUUCUCAGUCAGAACCUUUUACACCGGAAGGCUCCGAACACGGGCAAAACGAUGCCUCAGCCACCUCCAACGUCAAUGAUGGGCCGAGCGACUCCCCGAAAGAAGAGGACCUUCAAAAUGCUCGCAUAUUAGCUCACGCAAGAUCUGUCGCAACACCACCUGCCACCCCUAUGACGGAUGUAAUCGAGAUGGAUAUCACGUCUGUCGACGUCCGCGAGCACUCGCCACGGGUAUAUCUGGCAAGACACGAGAUCCGGCCACCUUCCCUGACGGAGCAAGAGAUUGCAGACGUCAUUCGACGGCUGGAAGUGGACCUGACAAGUGCUCUCGGAAAGAUCAGGGCCAAGAGUCACCGCAAGCCGUGGGCCGAAAGCAUGCUCAUGAUCGAAAUGCGAAUGUCAGGGAUUCUGAAGCCCGGCUCGACCAAAGUGCGACUAAGGCCUUGCAUAUGGCUCGUUUGCGGCAGCAAAUGGUGCCGCAAGAUUGUAGAGAACGAUGUCAAGCAUCUGGUCUGGCUGAGCCCUUACGACGUUCACUUUGUACAUAAGGGCGGCCCGCUGCUGUCAGCUGAUGAAGAAGAACUCCCGACUGAAAACUUUGCUCAUCCUACAUUGGAAGCAUGCACUACCCCUAUCGGAGGAUCGAGGAAUUUUGUUUCAAACCAUUCCAUCGAUGACGAAUGCACCCGAAAUGUCGAGGGGCAGGCUGGUUUGACAAAACGGUCAUAUGACGGUACAAAUUAUGUCGAAUCUUGGGCUAUGGCGAAUGGCUACCAUUAUAACGUUGAAUCCAUUACCGGAGAGAAUGUGCCUCAAUAUUCAUCGAGUUGUACGACGGCGACCUCUGGGCCUUGGAGUUCGUCAUCGAGUUCUGCACCAUCGAGUUCUGCGCCAUCAAGUUCUGCUCGAUCGAGAUCUAAGCCAUCAAUAUCCAAAUUAUCGAGAUAUGCGCCAUGGAGUUCUACACUGUCGAAUUCUAAGUGGGAGCUGCCUUGCGAAUUCAGAAGCCUAAGCGGUUGCCGUGGCAUCUUUCACGUCGACGAAGAACAAGCUUGGAUGGAUCAUAUCGAAGAGCAUUUGCAGAGCAAAUUUCCUUCAAAGCUUCGCUGUUGGUUUUGUUCCGAGCACCAAUUUGAUGCGCAGGAGACCUCUGGCGGAGAUGUUCGAUCCAAUUUCAUGAUACGGAUGCGGCACAUUCGGGACCACUUUAUUCAUGAUGGCUUCAUGGGCGAGAACAUACAAAUGGAUGGGUACUUGUUGAAUCACCUCCGAGAUCAACGACUCAUUGAUAAACGAACCUAUGAGAAAAUCACAAAGCUUCAGAUGAUACCGGCGAUACCGAGUUCCCUAGACCACCGCGAGGGGAUCAUAACCGUGUCUUCUAGCCGCAAUCGGCGCCGCAGCCAUCCGGAAAGCCACCUCACCCACAAUACGAGACAGAAUGGUCUCGCCUCGAAGACGGGCCAUUUAGAGGAGCGUAUGAAACCAAGCCCAGGCGAAAGUGACCCACUGCUGAUCAUAAAUGCAACUCAGAAGCUAACCCGUAAAAAGUCGGAGCGCACUGAUCAUGAUAGUUCACAAUUGAACAGGGUCCAUGACCGCAAGAGCGGCAUUAGGCUUUCGGAAGAUACUGAAUUGUACCUCCACGUGCGCUCGAGACGGACAACGUCGCUUAUAGGUCUGAGCUGCGUUUCAUCGAUAUGGAGCGGUCGAAUCGAAGCCAGUCGGAGUUCCUCAAAAAUGGGUGGCGCUAUCGCCAUCACGCGUGAGAAGGAGACAAAACUCUACGGAGUGACCUCAGGGCACGGUCUGAUUCGUCAGGUCAUAGAAAGGGCACCACAGAACCUAGAUGGUUACGGACCCCUGGUCUCUUGGUUGUCUGACAGCUCAGAUUCUGAGUCAGAAGACGAGGAAGAGAGCGCAAAUGUUCACGCCAAGGCUGAAGAUAUCCUAGAUGCCGGAGUCCAGAGUGUUGUUGCAUUAGAUCUAAGCGAUGUAACAAUUUGGACGAGUAUCAAUCAUGACCUGUCGGCAGGAUUCGUUGGCAUCAAUUUCCCUCCGGCAUCACAGAAACAAGUGCACCAGGUGGAAUCGCACGUUCACGAUGUUUUGUCUGGUGACCUGGCACUGUUUCCCAUUCUUUCAACACAUCGCCAAAGUUUAUCGAAUUACUACAUCGAACAAGACACCAUGAUGGCAAAGGACGUGGUCAGUACCAAUGAGGAGGAAAUCGAAUACAUGCUUCCCGUAGUGGUCCUACUCGGUCCCGAACAAGCAGUCAACGGCACGCUGCUACCUGGCAAGUUCCACUUCAGUAUGCGUGGGGCGGCUAUUGAAACCAGCAGAGUCCGGCUUGAGAGAGACCUAGCCAAGGGCUCCUCCGGGUCGUGGGUUGUCCACGACCAGAAGCUUUACGGCAUGAUCAUUGCGGUGUUCCCAGGGGAUUGCUUGGCACUUAUGAUUCCGGCAAAGAAGAUGCUGUGUGAUAUUCAAGCCAUGUUCCCGGACGCGACAGGCAUUUCUGUCGACACAAGAAUCUAA